UUUUUUUUUUUUUCUUCAAGCCUGCCAAAGAUCCUCGCCCUGCCCCCUUGAAAAUACCCCGCCAUGGCCCCUCCAACUGUGUUCUCCCUCGAGGGCAAAGGCCUCAAGCUCAACACCGCCGAGGACAUUGAGUCCCAUAUCAAGCCUCUCGUUGAGAGCACCGAAUUCACGGAGAUUCGUCUGGGAGGAAACACGCUCGGUGUUGGCGCCAGCGAACGCCUCGCUGCGGUCCUAACGACGCAGAAGAAGCUGGAAGUCGCCGAUCUUGCCGAUAUCUUUACGGGACGUCUGCUGUCGGAGAUCCCACAGGCCCUCUCCUUCCUCCUCAAUGCCCUUCUCGAGAUUUCGACCCUCCACACUGUCAAUCUUUCCGACAAUGCGUUCGGUCUCAACACCCAGGCGCCCCUGGUCGAUUUCCUGUCCCGCCACGUGCCCCUGCGCCACCUGAUCCUUAACAACAACGGUCUGGGCCCGGCGGCUGGAACCUUGAUCGCCGAUGCGCUCAGCAAGCUCGGCGAGCGCAAGGAGGAGGCUCGGAAGAGUGGGAAGGAGGUUGCGCUGUUGGAGAGCAUUGUCUGCGGUCGCAAUCGCUUGGAGAAUGGCAGCAUGGCUGCCUGGGCCCGGGCCUACAAGGUGCAUGCGGCGGGGAUCCGCUCGGUGAAGAUGACCCAGAAUGGUAUCAGACAGGAGGGUAUUUCAUUGUUGUUGAAGGAUGGUCUGCGCCAUGCCAGUGCGCUCGAGGUGCUUGACCUCCAGGACAACACCUUCACCAUCAUGGGAUCGACCGCUCUCGCCGUUGUUGUGACCGGCUGGCAGUCUCUCCGAGAGCUCGGCGUUGGAGAUUGCCUGCUGUCUGCGCGCGGUGGAAUCAAGGUUGCUCAGGCGCUCGCCGAGGGCAAGAACGCAAAGAUCGAGACGCUGCGUCUGCAGUACAACGAGAUCUCUGCCGAGGGCGUGAAGCAACUCCUCCACGCUGCCAAGACCGCUCUGCCGUCGCUGCGCCGGAUCGAAAUGAAUGGUAACAGGUUCUUCGAGGAUGACAGCAAUAUCGUGGAGCUGAGCGAACUCCUCGACGAGCGCAAGGAGGAACACGGUACAGAUGACGACCCGGAGGAAAUGUGGGGUAUCGAUGAACUCGACGAGCUUGAGGAAGAAAGCGAAGAGGAGGAGGAAGAAGAGGAAGAAGAGGAGGAGGAGGAGGAAGAGCGCAAGGCUGACAAGACUCUCAAGGAGGCCAUCGAGGCUGAGGAAUCGAAUGUGGCUCAGGAGAAAGAUAAAGAUGUCGACCAGUUGGCCGAUAUCCUAGGCAAGACCGGUCUGUAAUGC